AAGGAGAUUUUUGGAAAGAGAAGAUGGUGUUGUUGGUCUGACAGCUGUUAAGGAAAAUUACUUCGGCGGGAUAAAUUGCUGCUAAAUAGACACAUUAUUACAGAUAAUUAUGUCGGACAAACAGCCCAGCCAAGCCUCCCAAAGGAAACCAUCUGCUAACAAGAACAUCAAGAAGCUUCGCGCGAUCAGUAUGGUGUGCAGCCUGACAAGCAGCUGGCAGCAGUGGGUGUCGGAAAAUGAGCAAAAACAAGCCAGCGAACCAAGCGGGUGGGCUCCAUCUUCGGUGGGAGGUCCGACAGAGGAACCCAGAAAGAAAUGGACCCCCAAGACGAGGCCGGUUUCCUCUCAAAGCGAACCAGCGGGGGCUUCUAAGGCUCAAGUCGUCGCUUCGGAAAAGAUCGAAAAGACAUCGACUCCUCAUGCGGAGACUGGAAAAGAGUCCAAAACUGAGGUGGUUAAGACUUCCACAGACCUACUGGUGACGUCUCCUAUCAAGACCAAGCAGGUGGUGAAGACUGUGACCAGCGUAGCUAAAGAGAAAAGCGUCGGUAUCGGGCUCCUGACUGAGAAGAUCAGCAAAGAGGCCCUGCCGUCCAAUGAAGAGAUCGACCGACUGCUGAAGAAGAAAAGUUCACCUACACGAAGAAGGAAGUGCUCCAACAUGGUGUCGUCUCUUACCAAAAGCUGGAAGCAGGUGGAAAAUGAGCAGAAACAUGCAAAAGGAGGAGGAGGAAAAGGAGAAAGAAGCAUCAGUGAGGAUACUGGACCACCUGAUGCUGAUAAGGACAGACCGGUUAGCGAGAGGAGGACCAAGUCUGGGACAGAAACAGAGAAGAACGACUCCGAAGAAGAGUCAGAGUCAUUAGCCAGGAUUAAAAGACCCUCCGUUCCAGUGUACAAAAAAGAGGCUGAGGAUGCCAACAAGAUCAAUGCUCUGUCAAAGAAUUACAGCGCAGUGGGAAACCUGAAAAGCCGCUGGCAGAACUGGGCGUCCGAACACACGGUGACCCAGAAGCUAAACCCUUUCAGCGAGUACUUUGACUAUGAUUACUCCAUGUCCCUGCGUCUUCAGAAAGGUCAGGAAGGUUACGGACGACCCAAAGAAGGCACCAAAACGGCAGAGAGGGCCAAACGGGCCGAGCAGCACAUCCACCGCGAGAUAGACGACAUGUGUUACGUGAUCAGGACUAUGGCGGACCCGGACCCGGAUGGAAAGACCCGUAUAACGUUCGGGGAGCUGUUUGACAGAUAUGUUCGGAUUUCCGAUAAGGUGGUGGGGAUUUUGAUGCGAGCCAGGAAACAUGGGAAGGUGGCGUUUGAAGGUGAGAUGCUGUGGCAAGGCCAAGAUGAUGGAGUGAUCAUUACUCUGCUGGUGUGAUAUUAACACUUGGGUCAAGGAGGUUCUGGAAAUCCUCUUAGAGCUGCUUGGCCAACAUAAUGGGACAUGUGAAAUAACCUCAAGCAGUGCUAAGAGGAGGAUUUAAAACACUGUUUGACCUAUGGGAGGACGCGCAUAGAAUAAUAUCAAAAGAACUCGGAGACAACAAAGCCUGUUCGACAGGUUGGAUUCAGAGUGGAUUACCCAAAGAGACCUCUGCUGCUAUUUUUGUAGAUCCUUAAAGACUCUUCCUGUCGCUGUUAUGGAUGUGUGAUAGCACAAGUUUGGAGAAAUCUGCACAAAAAGACUCCUGGUGUUUUGGCUCCUUUGAUAGUUUGAGGAUUUUUCCAUGGGCUGAGUUCAAAGUCUUCAAAGUUAUGUGAAUAACUGGAGUAUGUUUUGAUCCACUAA